CUUACCUCCACAGGCCUCCUCCCUCCUCUGAACUCCAACCACCUACAACAAGUUUGACAGCUCCGCUUUUUCCUCACUCACUGACGGAGCGGCAGCAGCGACACACACAGCCGGACUCUCUUCACUUUCCUCUUCUUCUUUAUCACAGUUUUUAACCAUUUCUGUAGAAAUGUGUGCGUCUUGCGUCUCCUGCUGGCUAUGAGGAAUUUCUUGUGUCCGUAGCUUUGGUCAACUUUGCCCCUCUGGGAUAUUUUUCAGUUUUUGGUGUCGGCAUUUUUUGUUGCUUUUAUUUAUUUUUUCUUGGUCGGAAGUCUCGAAGGAUAUAAUUCAACAUGUCGAGGAGCACGGAGGAGGUGUACAAGCUCACCGAAAGUACAUACAAGAGCGUGAUGGAUCAGUUCAACCCAGGACUGAGGAACCUGGUCAACCUGGGCAAGAACUAUGAGAAAUCAGUAGCAGCAAUGACCCUGGCGGGAAAGUUGUAUUUUGAUGCAGUGUCUAAGAUUGGGGAGAAUGCUGCCGUGUCUCCUGUCUCCAGAGAAUUAGGUGUAGUGCUGAUGGAAAUCUCAGAGGUCCACAGGAGGGUUCAUCUGGAGCUAGAAGAAAAUUUUAAGAGGUUCCACAGAGAGAUAAUAGCAGAGCUGGAGAAGAAGACUGAAAUGGACGUCAAAUAUAUGACAGCCACAUUUAAAAGAUAUCAGAUGGAGCACAAGAUGAAGCAGGACUCUCUGGAGAGGUCACAGUCAGAUCUGAAGAAGCUGAGGAGGAAAAGUCAGGGCAAGAACGCCAACAAGUAUGAGAACAAGGAGAGCGAGUGCCUGGAAACCUUGACGAGCCGUCAGAUGGACAUGCAGCUAUUCAUCGCCGACGGCUGCAAAGAAGCUCUGCUGGAGGAAAAAAGACGUUUCUGUUUCCUGGUGGACAAACACUGCAUGUUCUCCUACCAGUUCGCCUCCUUCCAUGACAAGGCGAGAGACAUCCUGAUGGAAAAGCUGGGCAGCUGGCAGGACCAGUGCAACGAUGCCACCGACAUGCCCGAGAGCGUUUUGACAAUGAUUGAAGGACUGCGUACACCUGUUACUAUCACCCCGAUGCCCUCGCCCUCUCCAUCACGGCACAGCGUGAACAUGUCCACUCCUCCAGCUCCCUCUCUGAAGGCUCAAACCAGCCCUCUAGCCAGCAUGUUCACCCGGGACAACAACACAUCCACUGUAACCACAACUAGCAACAAUAGCACAGACCACGCAAACAACGAGGACAGCAAUCUGGCCAGGUCCGUGUCUGUUGCCACAGGCCUCAACAAUAUUGUGAAGAGGCCACGUGUGCGAACCAUCUUCCCCCACAAUGCAGGCAACAAUAACACGCUGCUCAGCUUUGACGAGGGAGACGUCAUUAUCCUGCUGAUUCCUGAAGAGAGGGAUGGCUGGAUGUACGGGGAAAUGGAGAAGAAUGGAAAGAGGGGCUGGUUCCCUUCGUCUUACUGCCGUGCACUUUCUGAGCCACUCGUGAAUAACAACAGCGUGUCCUCUGCUCCGUACCGAAGCAGAAGCGUGGUAAACCUUCACCACCAGGACACAGAGACAGACGAGGCCACCAUGGUUCUCCCCCCAGCAGACUACAGCGAUGGCUCGCAGCGAAAUGCCAUCAAGAACAACGUCACAUCCAGCAGCAUCAUCACCGAACACAACAACCACCGAAACUCUCCCACGCCCUCGGCGGCCUCAUCGGCCUCGUCCGAUCAGAACACGGCGGCUCAGACUAACGGUGUCUCCAGACCUCCGCCUGCUUACCUUGCGGGAGGGAACCCGUUUGCCACAGUCAGACUACGUCCAACCAUCACUAACGACCGCUCCGCACCAAUUAUCUGAUCGCCCCACAUUUCCAAACAUCCUCCAUCUCCACGGCCGCUUUUCUUCUUCCUAGGACGAGCUCAGACUUUCCUCUCCUGCAGCUUCUCCUCACUGAUGGAGAAAAACUGAGAAAAAUGCCAUUCGAAUGUUGGGAUCCCCUUCACUGCUGCAGAUGCUUCUGGAAGUAUUUUAGGACCGUUUUAUUACCAGAGGAGACACUCUGAUAUUUCAGAUAAAUGUAUAUUCCAUGUCUAUUUUUGUCCCUUUGUUUGUGGUGAUAUUUAAAGACACCAUUCUUACCUGCACUCAGAAAUGGACAGCUACCAAAGGUCAAAGGAAAUACUUCAAUAUGUUAAAACUAGGGCUGCCAAUGGGAACACAUUAAAAAAACAAUACAUUCUGUUUAUUUUUUUUUUUUAAUUGAAUUAAUCAUACUUUUUUUUUUAAUUUUCAAACCUUAUCGAAGGGACCAUAAUGAGGAAGCUGUUGUAUACUACUCACAUGUCAGCUCAGUGGACAAGUCAAAAGUUAUCUGCACAUUGUGCAUUAAAAUAUUUCACAUUUUUAUCAUUCCCUCCAGAUAUUUUCCUACUUGUAGAGUUAUUUUUUUCCAUGGAUAGGCUACUAUUGUUUCUUGCAUCAGUCAGGAGAUUCUUAACUUCUCUCAAAAUAAAAGCUUUUUUUAUCUGAAUAGGAAGUAAAGUACAUUUAGCUAAAGCCAGGACAGAUUUCAAAGUAAAAGCAUAAGAAAAAAAGGUUUGUCAAAAGAUCAGAGGGGGAUUAGCGCCACUGAAAAAGAAAAAAAAGUUUUUGAGGUGCAAUUUUUUUUUUUACUUGUGAGAAAAAAGACAAGAUUUCUGAUAUUUUUUCAGGAGUCAGAAUUCUGACUUUUUUUCUCACAAGUAAAAAAAUUGUGUCUAAAAAUUUUGUUUUCAGUGUCCCUAAUUCUCUUCCGUAUUUUAACCUUAAUUGGGUUACCUACAUAAAAAGGAAAGUAGCUAAAUGUGAGGUGAAACGUUUAAGUGCAGCCAAGUUAAUUUAGAAUCAUUGGAUAUCAAUGAGUCAUUUUGUACAUGCACUCCUCCAUACUUCUUUAUGUAUAGCAGUGCUAGGUUGGCAGGUAGGUUCCUUUAUUGUCAUUGCAUAUUUCUACACUACACUGUAGUUUGGAAAAAAAUUGCCUACUUAGUUGCAUGACUCAUCAUUUCUAAAGUGCAUUUGACAGAAAUGGCAUAUUUGAAUUAGCACUCUAUAUCUUUCUCAGUCCUCUAAAGCUGGGCAUAUACUGUACGAUUUGAAGCCAGGUCUAAAACAGUCAUGGUAGAAAAUCAGAUCACAAUGUACGACUUAACUGUUUACCACACGAUCAAUGCCCAGUGAUUUUUUGCUUUGUCCUGUCCAGUGUUCAGCCAUGACCUGAAUGCUUACCCUGUACCAGUGAAGUCAGGACAGACAGUAAAAAAAUGUCAGUGAAGUUUCUUUUGAAAAGUCUCACAGAGGUAGGCUCCAGCUAAAUCUGUUGUCCUAUUUGCAUGGCUCAAAUAGCUUCAACCAGCAAUAGAAACGCUUGCAAACACAACUAGCAGCUAAAUAAUAACAAAUAUUCCAUCAGAUAGUGAUGGGAAUCCCAGCUUUUUAUAGUGGUCUGGAACGUUUGCAAAAAGAGCCAAUUGUUGUGACAUUAUUCAUCAUAAUUAAACUAAACUGCAGGUUUCUGAUAACAAAACUUGUUCUGCAUGUUUGGUAUAAAACAUCAGUGUUUUACCACUGAACAGAAGGUUCUGCUCUCACUGUGCGAGUGUGUGCAAAAACGACAAAUGCAUCAAACAUGUCAGAAAUCCAUCCAACCACUGAGGAGCAACUGAUCGUGCCAUGGUCGGCCAUCAGGUCUUUCUGUACGCUGCACGACAAAUGAAGCACAUUCAGGCUAAAAUCUGGCCCGACUUCAAAGUUAUGACUCAAAAUUUGUGUCUGAAUCAGCUUGAAAUCUCGCAAUGUACGGCUGCCUCAAGUUGUCAGACCACUCUAGCAGUGCAACACAUUUAAAUCACGUGGGAAAAAAAUGCUUCACAUUAUGAGUAUGAACUUAAAGAUUUGUGUUUCAAAUGUAAAUAUCUGAAUUUUAAACAUGCCAGUAAGUGUGAUUUACUGUGAUUAACUUUCAAAUUGUGUUUAAAAAGGUCACCAUUUGGCAGCCCCAGUUUAAGCAGUUGAAGUUCGUCAUUAAAUUGACUGUUUAAAUCUUUUCUGUUGCCAUAGGACGUUAAAAGAAUGUACUGUGGAGGACCUCCAUGUUGCACCUUCAGGUCCUUGAGACGGCAUUUAAUCUCAGCGUCGAUCCUGACACCAUGUUGAGAGAAAACUACAAACAUUUAAAGAGAUGCAUCCAAAUGAACGCACACAAACUCUCUAUCUUUCCCCUCCAGUCCCUUUUGUGUAUAUAUUUGUACAUCAGACGUUACAAUUAUUGUUCUCUGCCAUCUUUUGUAGAGCUAGGCGAUCAUGGAGAUGGACGUUUGCCUUAAUGACAAAGACAUAACUACUGUAAAAAAAAAGAAAUCACGUUCCUGUUGCAUUCUUCAAACUGCAAAGUUGUGACAGUUGCCUCGUCUUUGCAUCAACAGUGCUUUAAUCGUAACAAACGGCAUUUUUGGGACCAAAGUGUGUUCACUGGUUCUGGUCUUUGGCCAACAUUACACUCUGAACAGAAUUUGCUGUAUGAAAAUAAAGAUUUAUUUCUUCAA